GUGCAUUUCUGUUUUGAGCGGGACUUUUAUUGUGGAAUGGCUGUGUGACGUCACACGGCUGCGACCCGCUCCUGCGUUAUAAACAAACUCGCCUGAAGAAAGAACCCCCCGGUGAAGUGACGGAGGUGGAUGUGACGGUGCUGUGAAGAUGGCGUUUAUUAAGGAGGAGAGUGAAGACAUCAGGAUUGCAGAAGUGUUCAGCUUGAAACAUGAAGAUGCUGAAGAACAAACAGAUAUGAUGGCACUGAAAGCGGAGAGUCAAGAACUAAAUGAAACUGAAGAGAAAGAUCAGUAUGGAAAACAUGAUUUCACAAAUGGAGAACAAUAUUUUAGUUGCUCACAGACUGAAAAGACUUCCUCACGAAACGUUGCUCAAAAGACUGGAACUAGAUGUUAUUUCUCCUGCCAAGAGUGUGGAAAAGGGUUCAACAGAAAAACAAGACUUACAAAGCACAUGAAAACUCACACUGGAGAGAAGCCAUUCAGAUGUGAUCAGUGUUCAAAGAGCUUCAGAAAAAUGGACUACCUUAACAGGCACUUAAAAAUCCACUCUGGCGAGAAGCUUUUCACCUGCCAACAGUGUGGAAAGAGCUUCAGUGAAAAAAAAUACGUCAAAAUCCACAUGAGGGUUCACUCUGGAGAGAAGCCUUUUACCUGCGAAUUCUGUGGAAAGAGUUUCAGUGAAAAAAAAUACAUAAAAAUCCACAUGAGAGUUCACUCUGGCGAGAAGCCCUUCGCUUGCCAACAGUGUGGAAAGAGUUUCACACAAAAAGAGCACCUUAAAGUUCACAUGAGAAUUCACACCGGAGAGAAGCCGUUCACAUGCGAACUGUGUGGAAAGAGCUUCACUGAAAAUGGACACCUUAAAGUCCACAUGAGAGUUCACACUGGAGAUAAACCUUUUACCUGUGAAUUCUGUGGAAAGAGCUUCAUGGACAAAAGAAAUGUAAAAAUCCACAUGAGAGUUCACACCGGAGAGAAGCCUUUCGCAUGCCAGCAGUGUGGGAAAAGUUUCACACAAGCAGAACAUCUUAAAGGCCACAUGAGAAUCCACACUGGUGAGAAGCCGUUCACCUGCCAACUGUGUGGAAAGAGCUUCACUGAAAACGGUCAGCUCAAAGUCCACAUGAGAAUUCACAAUAGAGAGAAGCCUUACACCUGUCAACAGUGUGGAAAGAGCUUCUCUCAAAAAUGUCAUCUUGAAGUCCACGUUAGAAGUCACACUGGAGAGAAGCCUUUCACAUGCCAGCAAUGUGGGAAAAGUUUCACUCAAGCAGGACAUCUUAAAGGCCACAUGAGAAUUCACACUGGAGAGAAGUCGUUCACCUGUCAACAGUGUGGAAAGAGCUUCUCUCAAAAAUGCCAUCUUGAAUCCCACGAUAGAAGUCACACUGGAGAGAAGCCUUUCACCUGCAAACUGUGUGGAAGGAGCCUCACGACGGCAAUAAACCUCAGGUAUCACGUGAGAAUUCACACCGGAGAGAAGCCGUUCACCUGUAAACUGUGUGGAAAGAGCUUCGCUGAAAAUGGAAACCUUAAGGUCCACAUGAGAGUUCACACUGGAGAGAAGCCCUUUACCUGCGAAUUCUGUGGAAAGAGCUUCUCUCAAAAAUGUCAUCUGAAAGUCCACGUUAGAAGUCACACUGGAGAGGAGCCUUUCCCCUGUGUGGAAGGAGCUUCACAACGGCAAUAACCCUCAGAUGUUCAGACCGGAGAGAAGCCGUUCGCAUGUGAUCAGUUUGGAAAGGGUUUCAAACAAAAAGGACCUUAAAGGAGAGGUUCACUUCCAGAACAACACUUUACAAAUAAUGUAGUCACCCCCUUGUCAUCCAAGAUGUUCAUGUGUUUCUUUCUUUAGUCGUAAAGAAACUAUGUUUUUUGAGGAAAACAUUACAGGAUUUUUCUCCAUAUAAUGGACUGAUAUGGUGCCCCGAUUU